AUGCAGGUACCUUUAUCAGUGGACAAGACUAUUGAAUUAGAGCCCACUGCAAUCUGUGACAAUAACCUAACAAAGACAAACGAAUCAUCAAGACAUGUAAUUUCAUCAGUGGGCAAGAAUGCAGGAUUGGAGACAACUCCAGUCACAACCAAAAAUGAAACAAAAGAAAAGGUAAUUUCUGUAGACAAAAUUGUUUCAUCUGAAUGCACUCCAACAAAGAAAAAAAAAUACAAACAAGACACACAAAUUAGUUUCUCCACUAAGUGA